AUGGCGGGGCACAUUGGAGGAGUGGAGAGACGGAUCCGAGAGCUCCAUCCAGCAGCCCUAUUUUUCCACUGCGCCUCACAUCGACUGAACCUCGUAAUCAAUGACUUGAACGACGUGAGUGCAGUACGGAACACUAUUGGCACCCUCAAAGAGAUUGUGAACUUUUUCCAAGGAAGUUCUCUGAGGCGUAAGCAAAUACCAAACAUUCCCCUGCUUUGUGAGGCACGAUGGACGUCUAAGUACGACAGCAUACGGCAAUUCGGUGCAAAUUUUGGGGCAGUACUUAAGGCCUUAUCAAAACUUUCGGAAGAGCCUGGAAACAGAAACACAAGAGAACGAGCUUUCCAACUGUAUUGCUCGGCUAAAACACCUUCCUUCAUCAUAUGCCUGCGAGUCAUCGAACGCUAUUCUACGAUAUUGGAGCCGGUUGGCAACUCCCUUCAAGGUACUAACGUUGACCUGCCGACCGUAAAAGAGCACGUUGACAACCUUCUCAAAGUAUUUCAGUGCCACCGCGAGCACGCAGAAGAAGAAUUUGAGGACAUCUUCUCAAAGGUUCAGUCCGUCGCAGAAGAGUUCGACGUUCAGUUGAGGCUCCCGCGCGCUUCUAGCAAGAAGGUCGGCUGCGUGGGCGCGGCUACAAGGCAAGAAGACGUGGUCCAGUAUUACCGGCGAGCAAUAUAUAUCCCUUAUUUGGAUUCACUGAUAACCUGUCUAGGCGAGCGCUUUUCGGACAACAGCAGGCCCGGACACUGCAUUUUUCAACUACACCCUCGUUAUAUGCUGGAAAUGGAAAUGGAAGCAUUCUUGAAAAUGAUGAAGGAUGUUGAACAGGUCUACGGAAAUCUGCUGCAGGGUUUUCCUGAAGAGGCGAAGACGUGGUUCCUAUAG